ACCUGUGAUAUAGUUGCACCCGCAAACGUCUCGCUUGAUCACGUCGUGCACGUUCUGUGCCUUCCCCUCAUGCAUCCUCGGAACCGUUGAUAGGGUAGCGGAGAGGGCAAUGCAACCCCCGAAACCCACAUGGCUGCUGCGGUCCAGGCUGCUCGUGUACGCCAUCGUUAGCUGCCUCCUCAUCGCCCUGAGUACGCCAUUCCAGUUGGUUCAGUUCGCCUGUGCCGCCGAGAUCCUCGCCUCUCCUGGACCCGGAGAUGCCAGCCAGCUGGUGCUGCCCGCGCCCCUCGAUGAAGAGCUUGUACUCGCAGAGAAUGGCCAAGCCGAAAGAGAGGACGCAGGAGGUUACAUGCCUGACUUUGCCUACUUUGCGCGGAGCCUGCUGGGACGACAAGCACCGGAUGUGAGAAAGCUGGUGAACAACAACAAGACGGAAUUAGACAUAGGCCCCGACGCCACUACAUACUUCGUGUUGGAGGCCCCAAAGGGGAACAACAGCGUUUGGAUAUCUGCAAACACUUGUCAGCAGCCUGUGCCUCAGGGUAACCAGACGGGCCCAGCCUCGCCCCAACUCACCAUGUAUGUCUCGACAUCAACACGAAAUCAGAAGCCUGGGCCAAACUCGACCGACCAUCUUGCCACAAAUAAUACAGGCGUUGUAUUCGACGGCGGCUUCGCAAGCUUCAAGGCCAAUGCCACUUCGAACGUGUACAUUGGAAUCUCGGCACCAAAGCUCAGCGAUGACUGGUUUGGAAGUUGGCACUUCGAGGUGGCCGCUGGUACAGAUGGGCUCUAUCACAGCUAUAACGACUCGAAUCCCUUUCUAUUCAUGGUCGACACGGACAGCGAGUCUGCACUUUUCAUCACCUAUAACCUUACCGCAUCAAACAUAAACGCAUCCAAUGAAACCGAAAAUGUCGAUAGAUGGAAAAACAACAAUCCUUUCACCAUGUACGCCUUUCCAGCCAGCGAUCGUACACCAGUGACGGGGUUGGAACACUCUUACUGCGCCGUGAAAAGGCAGUUUACCAACACGACGAUCAGCAAUCUCACUACAGAUACUACCAUCACGACACGAUUUGGUGCCGGAUACCCCAAGGGCCAGUUCCACGUCCAGGGCCUCGAUGCCGCCAAAACGUACAAUGGCUUUCUGGUUGUACAAGGCAACGAAGAAACAUGGCAGCUACCUGGAGUCGGGACAGUGAGAGCCGGCGGCAAGGUCUUCCAGCAGUUCAACUGGACUACGAAAGCAGACGACUCUUGCCAAGUUCUCUUCGACCUCGAGUUCUGCGACUCGGUCGCCUAUGCGGUACCUUCUUCGCCUGACUUCAAGCUCAACGACGCCAAACUCAAAGACCUCUACGAAAAACAAGCGCGCGAAUACUACCAGAACUUCGAGAACUCACUUGACCAAGUGGCCUGCGAUGCCCCUUCCGAGUCUCAGUACUCACUUGCCCGUACCUGCGACCAUUGUCGUACGGACUACAAACGAUGGCUCUGCUCCGUCCUCAUACCCCGAUGUGAAGACUGGACUGCAGAGGAUUCUUGGCUUCAUGAGCGCAAUAUUAACGCCCCUUUUCCAAACGGCACUGUGCCUUACGGAGGAAAUCUAAGCAAAGAAUUCAACGAAACCAAGAGGGAUCGUUUCGCGUAUAGUCAAAGUCGCAACUCGAUGAUUGAUCAGAAGAUUAGCCCCGGUCCGUAUAAGGAGAUGCUUCCUUGUGAAGACUUGUGCUUCGACAUUGUCAGGAGCUGUCCUUCACAGCUUGGCUUCGCAUGUCCCAACCCCCCUGCCAGGGAGCUUUCAUACGGUCGGCGGGAUCCGACAGGUGAUAGAUUGACAUGUAGCUUUCCCGGCGCUGUCGUCAAGUUGAACGUGCAGGGAGCGGCGAGCGCGUUGAAUACGCGCAUGGGGAGUGUGGUAUUGAUUGCGUCGUUGGUUGUGACUCUGCUUUGGAUAUGAUAUACUGGCUAUAGCUGCUGUGUAUGGCAGACCACAUCGGGCACUGUUAGGACAAAUUACUGCACUUAUCGUAUGAUGUCGAACAACCUGCUUUCCCUACCGGUAGUUCGUUUUCCCGUUGGCUUAUUCCACCCUUGUAUUCAUGACAUAGCAAGUAAAGAGGCCGCGCGGCUGCCAUUAUUCCCGAUAUAUCUGAAAGAGUCUAUUUCUCCUGAACAGUAAUAUACACAAACGAUAGAGGCUUAUGAAGUCCAAAAAGAAGC